AUGCAGGUCCUCGAUCUCGAAUCCAAAUUGGAGCAAUUAGCUGCCGAAAAUCGAAUGCUCGCGGAAGCAAAGGCUCAAGCCGAACAGGCCUUGCAGACCACACAACACUCCUCUGCGGCGUUGAUGGAAAGAGAUGCCGAAAUCGACAGUCUCAAAAGAACCCUCAACUGGCUCCAGAAUGAAGUUACGAGACUCACCGAAGUCAAUGAAGGUUUGACAAGCGCGAAUAUUACACUGGGUAACCAGCACAAUGACCGAUAUGGCAUGCUUGAAUCGCAACAUGCUCAAACGACUCGCGAGCUUCAAGAGGUGCGGGAUUCGCACAAUACUCUUACGGCUAAUAUGGAGUCAAUGGUGAGAAAUGAAGUGCAGAAUGCUGUACAGGACAAAGAUCGCGAGAUUGCGCAACUGCGGGCACAACUUGAAGCAGCAAAAAAUCAAAUCAGAGAAAUGCAGAGACAGAUAUUAGCAUCCAAAGCGAACGACAGCCAUUUCCUUACCAUUCGAGACGAGGAUUACUUUGAUAAUGCCUGUCAGCAGCUGUGCCAGCACGUACAACAAUGGGUUCUCAGAUUCUCGAAGUUUUCCGACAUGAGGGCUUGCAGACUCACUAGCGAGAUCAACAACGACAAGACAAUUGAUCGGUUAGACAACGCGAUCUUGGAUGGGUCAGACGUGGAUGAUUAUCUCUCUGAUAGAGUCAAGCGCAGGGACGUAUUCAUGUCAAUGACAAUGACGAUGGUGUGGGAGUUCGUAUUUACACGCUAUCUAUUUGGCAUGGAUAGGGAGCAACGGCAGAAGCUCAAGUCGUUAGAGAAGUUACUUCUAGAGGUUGGACCAGCCUCAGCAGUCCAUCAGUGGCGCGCAACUACGCUCACGUUACUGUCAAAGCGCGAGUCAUUCGCGCACCAACGGGAGCAAGAUACACUGGCCGUCGUUCAUGCGAUUAUGGAGACAUUAUCGGAGAUCCUCCCUCCCCCAAGUCAUCUCGAAGACCAGAUCCAGGAACAGCUGGUUAGAGUCAUGAGAGCAGCAGUGGAUCUCUCAAUCGAAAUGCGUACUCAGCGGGCAGAAUAUAUGAUGCUUCCACCUCUUCAGCCGGAAUACGAUGCAAAUGGCGACCUUGCCAGCAAAGUAACCUUCAAUGCAGCGCUCAUGAAUGAGCGAAGCGGGGACACAGUGUCCAACGAGGAACUUGAGGCAGCGGGUGCAGUGGUGAAGAUUGUGCUUUUCCCGCUGGUUGUCAAGAAGGGCGACGACAGUGGAGAAGGAGAUGAGGAGAUUGUAGUGUGUCCAGCGCAAGUUUUGGUGGCCAAACCAAAGAAGACGGUUCGCGUUUUCAGCCCAGGGAGCAGCAUGAUGCAUCAAAACCAAUCACGCGUUAGCAUGCAGAGCAGUGUGCCCACGGAUCAAGGGGAGAAUGUUAUUUAG